CUGGCUAUCAGCUCUAACAGAACCGCGUGCAACUUUCAAUCGGGGCCUAAUCUAGUUUAUUUUGAACAGUAAAUAAAAGGAAUGCAGCGUCAGAAGCCUAAGGGACCGUUCAAGCCGGGUUUACGAUCGAAAUCAGGAUCGGGCAAGGGCAAGGGGUCUUCUGGUGGGCGGGGAGGCGGCGACAAUAAGCAGAAACGUCCUCGGCAGGAGUUCAACAAGUCCCGAUUGGCCGCCACCGAUGCUGAGAUCAAGGAACUGCAGGCCAAGUACGCUGAGAUAGAUGCUUCUUCCGUCAAAAAGUUCGCACAGUUUCCGCUGUCCAAGAAGACCCAAAAGGCGCUAGCGGAAUCCAAGUUCGUGCAUCCCACGCAGGUGCAGCGGGAGAGCAUUGGACCCGCGUUGCAGGGCAAGGACGUUCUUGGUGCGGCGGUCACAGGAAGUGGCAAGACCCUGGCCUUCCUCAUACCGGUUCUGGAGCAUUUGUUCAUGAACAAAUGGUCGCGUACCGAUGGCGUUGGUGCCAUCAUCAUCUCGCCCACCCGCGAGCUGGCCUAUCAGAUCUUCGAGACCCUGAAAAAGGUGGGCAAGCACCAUGACUUCUCCGCCGGUCUCAUCAUCGGCGGCAAGAACCUGAAGUUUGAGCGGACCCGCAUGGACCAGUGCAACAUACUGAUUUGCACACCAGGUCGCCUGCUACAGCACAUGGACGAGAACCCGCUUUUCAAUACGAGCACCAUGGAGGUUUUGGUCCUAGACGAAGCCGAUCGCUGUUUGGACAUGGGCUUCCAGAAGACGCUCAACUCCAUCAUUGAGAACUUUCCACCGGUGAGACAAACGCUGCUCUUUUCGGCCACGCAAACGAACACGGUGCAGGACUUGGCGAGGCUCAAUCUGAAAGACCCAGUCUAUGUGGGGUACGGAGGAGAAAAGCCAGGCGAAGAAGCCUCCAGUGGCAAGAAGGAACCGAGCACUGCCGUCUUGGCCGUGCCUGAGCUCCUUCAGCAAAGCUAUGUGGUGCUGAAUCUUGAGGACAAGAUUACGAUGCUGUGGUCGUUCAUCAAAAACCAUCUGAAGCAGAAGAUCAUUGUGUUCGUGUCCAGUUGCAAGCAGGCGAAGUAUCUGUACGAGAUCUUCUGCAAGCUGCGACCGGGUAGCCCGCUUCUAGCUCUUUACGGAACUCUCCAUCAGGAUCGUCGCAUCGCCAUAUACGAGGACUUUCUGCGCAAGAGCCAUGUGGUCAUGUUCUCCACGGAUGUUGCAUCUCGCGGUCUGGACUUUCCCGCCGUCAAUUGGGUGGUGCAGCUGGACUGUCCGGAGGAUGUCUCGCAGUAUAUCCACCGAGCGGGUCGCUCUGCGCGAAAUAAGACGCGCGGGGAGUGUCUUCUGGUGCUGACACCUAGCGAGGAGGAGUACAUGAUUGGUGCGCUUAAGGAGCAGCUGGGUCUGGACAUCCGUUGUGUCCAGAUCGACCCCAAGAAGCUUUUCUCGCCGCGCGUGAAGAUUGAGGCUUUUCUGGCCCAAUUUCCCGAGCUAAGAGCCACCGCCCAGCGUGCCUUUUUGUCCUACAUAAAAUCCGUAUUCCUGAUGCGCAACAAGCGCCUGUUUAACGUCUUUAGCCUGGAUCUAGAUGCAUUCGCUCAGUCACUGGGCCUAGCGGUCACCCCGCGCGUUCCCUUCCUCGAAAAGUUCCUUUGGAGGCAGAAGCAGCUGCAGCAGCAAAAGGAACAGAGCGAUGUCCCAUCAGGUGUCGAUCCCCUGCUCACCAAAAUAACCAAGCAACAAAGCUUUGGCGCCGCUAGCGAAGAUGAUGAUGGCAGCAGUGACGAGGACUUUAUCAAGGUGAAACGAAAGGAUCACGAUGUCGAAGGAGAGCCUGUAGAACUGGACGAGGUAGAAGGCACAGAGGACGAGCCCGAGGUUCCGUUAGUGGUGCCCAAGCGGGAGAAGCUGGUCACGAAGGCUUCGCUGGCCAAGAAGGCGCUAAAAAAGAACCUGCAGGUCAACUCCAAGCUCAAGUUCGAUGAAGAGGGCGAAACCGUAGCAGAUGGUCGCAGCCAAAUGAAGGCUCUAAGUGCCAGGCAGCGAGCAGAAAACCAUGAUGACGAUGACGGAGGGAUCAACCUGAUGUUGUCGAAGGCACUGCUUACCGAGGAGGAUCAGUACGAUAAGCAGCGAUUCCGGGAGCUGGUGAAAAAACGUCACAAGCUGCAACGGGAGAAGCUGCGGAAGAAGGCGGAGGAGGCCAAGGGAAGCGACGAGGAGGAGGAGGAGGAGGAAGACAAGGAGCAAGAAGCUGACGAUGACGGUAGCGAGAGUGACCACUCAGUGGAUCUCUCAUGGUUGCCAGAUCCCGACAAGAUCUACAAAAACAAGACCACUGCAUCAAAUCGGGAUGCAGGGGCGCAAUCUGAGUCAGAGUCGGCCGAUUCAGACGAGGCACAAAAUAGGGAUGAAGAUGACGAGGACGAGGACGACUCCGAUGAGGAGCCGGCAUACAAAAAGUCUAAGCUAACUAAUAAGAUGACUCUAAUGGACACGGAGGCGAUUGCAGCCAGUCUUUUGGGCAGCUGAGCAAUUAGAGGAUCCACUGUGUAAAUAAAUGAAUGCCAAUUAAAUAUAAAAUAAUUUAUAAUUAAAAAUACAUUUGUGUUAUCUGCAUUUAUUUGUGCUUAUCAAAAGCAACUUACAUAUUUGUGUUUUAUUUAGCGCUGAGUACAGAUUUUAUGAGCUGGAAUAACCAUACACAAUCUUUAACUUAUAAAUUUAGUUGACUAAUAUAAAGAUUAAACCUUAGACACCAUUUAAAAUCCCUAUUAAAUUAAUAAAAAAAAAAAAAGUAGUUAUAGAUUUCCUCGAUAAAAAUGAAACAUUAUAAAUCUGUUAAAAAGAUUUGUUAAAGACAAUAAAAAACUAUCAAAAAUU